AUGCCUUCGUAUUUCUUCCACCUGAAGUUCGAGCUCUACUCAACACCAGGUACCACGAGCUCCAGCAAACAACGAGAAUUACUGCACUCGACCAACGACCACGACACAUUUGUACCUCCUCCGAGCUCCGACAUCUUCAAGGCACCUCUGCCUGCCCAUAAGACUAGCAAGUGGAAGAGCUAUAAAUUUGCAAAGACAACCGUCAGCCUCGAGGACACGACAUCGCGAAACGGAUAUCAGUCAGGCUCUUUCGAGAGGUCGCAAUCACCUGCUCAGAGAGCACUGUCGCCGCCGAGUGGGCACACCGAGUCGCAUGGUGAUGCACUGUUGCUGCCAGAGCGUAGCUUGAGGCUGAAGACGGAAGUCAAAGCGCCGUCUUGGACAUCGGCCAAGAUCAAGCACUCGAACGAGGCUGCGGCGAGGGACUGGCGAUACGACGCGGUGGAGAUUGAGAGCAUCGAUAUGGAAAGCAGCAAGAGCAAGAGCAAGCGUGGCACGGCGAAUGGUGGACUACAUACAAAGGCCGUUUACUGGCCCUCCGACCCAAAGACCACCGAGGUAGGAUGGGGCGUGGUGCAUCUAUAUCGAGAUACGGAGGAGAGUUCCAUGCUGGGAGGAGAUGACACAUCGCGGAAGGGCUUGAAGGAUGGCGAGGAUGGCUUCAAUCCAGAGGACUGCACGACCUUGUGUAUACUUGCCGUGCCCUCGUGGAUGAUGCCUUCGGACCUGCUUGGCUUUGUAGGCGAUCAGGCGCGAGAGGACGUCUCCCAUUUUCGCUUGAUAAGAACGGGCAGAGCGAAUAAAUACAUGGUCUUGAUGAAGUUUCGAUCGGCGAAGAAGGCGCGCGACUGGCAGAAGGCACACAACGGCAGACUGUUCAGUGCAGCGGAGCCCGAGAACUGCCAUGUUGUCUUCAUCAAGAGCGUCGAGUUCCUCUCUCCGGAUGAGGAGAAUGGCGCUACCAUCAGCAACUUCCCUCACAAUACCAACGAUCCUUUCACGGCCAUGUCACAUGCAAAUAGCACCGGCAAGAGUCUGCUGAGCAAGCCUCUUGCGCCGCCGCCACCGAAUCUCAUGGAGUUACCAACGUGCCCGGUGUGUCUGGAGCGGAUGGACGAGACGACUGGGCUACUCACGAUCCUAUGCCAACAUGUAUUCCACUGCGCUUGCCUGGAAAAGUGGCGAGGCUCAGGAUGUCCGGUCUGCCGAUAUACUCAUUCUCCGUCCUACACAUUUCCCUAUCCGCGCCCAGACGGUAGCGUCCAAGACGAAGACGCCGAGCCUCUAUGCUCCAUCUGCGCCAGGACUUCAAAUCUGUGGGUCUGCCUCAUCUGCGGCAACAUCGGCUGCGGACGUUACGAUGAUGCUCACGCCUACGCACACUACGAGGCGACGAGUCAUUGCUACGCCAUGGACAUCAACACGCAGCACGUCUGGGACUAUGCUGGUGAUGGCUACGUACAUCGCCUGAUCCAGAGCAAACCCGCGCCCGAUUCCAGCAGCAGCAGCAGAGGCACGAUCGACCUUUCAUCUCGCACACGACAUGAGAAUGAAGCUUUCCGGGCGGAGGGCGGCGAUAGCGUGCCACGAGAGAAGAUGGAAAGCAUGGCAGCGGAAUACACCUAUCUCUUGACAUCUCAAUUGGAAGGCCAACGCCGCUACUUUGAGGAACAGGUCGAACGUGCUGUCGACAAAGCUUCGCAAGCGUCGGCAAGAGCUGAAGAAGCUGGGAUAGCCGCCAGCAAAGCAAAUGCGGAGCUCGAAGAAGCGCGCGCCGAACGCCAAAGCAUGUCGGAAGCCGUGUCACGAUUGGAAAGCAGAGUCGAAAAGAGCGAAAAGAGUCGGGCCAAAUUCGAGCAGAUGGCUAGACAGGUGACGUCGCAGCUUCGCGAGGAGAAGACGAUGAACGAAGGUCUGAUGAAGCGGAUCCAAGCUGCCGAGGCGCAAGCGGAAGAGGCGAAGAAGGAAGCCGAUAAGGCGAAGGAGGAGAAGAGGGAACUCGAGGAGAUGAACCAUGACUUGACCAUGUUCAUAUCCAGCCAAGAAAAGGUCAAGGAAUUGCAGGCUCAGGGGGAGGAAGUGAUUGAUGGGAGUGUGAGCUUGCCAGACCCGCCGCCUACUGCUGGGAAGAAGAAGGGAAAGGGGAAGAAGAAGUGA